AUGCAAGCCCGCGCCAGUGUCGUGACGGCCGACGUCGUCCAAGCCGCCAGUGAAGCCACGCCAGGGCUGUCGCUGCCGGCUGGUGUCCAGCUCUGGAAGUGCCUCGUCGAAGGCCUUUGCGACCAUGUUCAUCGACGCGUCCCCAUCCGCCUCGAACGCUUCCUUCAGUUCGAACCUCCGAGUAUCUUUGUCGAUGUCGCGUUUGCCAAGACGUCAGUGAGGCUAGCGCCACCGCUUAGCCUUGCCCAUGCGGCUCGGAUCCAACGUCUCGACGAGGAUUGUGUGGUGGCUUUUGUUGAUGCCGUCCUACAAGUGCUGACAGACGCCAUGGCGCGCGGCGAGGACAUACGCCUCGGCUUUCUUCCGCUUGGCGAGUGGCUCUGCGCCCAAGGCCGCGUGUCUUUUGCGUUUCAAAAGCAGUCGCUGGCGUUGACGCCGAGCAAAGGCAGCUGGUCCUCCAGCAGCCGGGCGUCCGAGGCGAUGUACGGCCGCCCCUCCUCCAACCAGAGCCGCCACGAUAUACGACCAGCGACGGCGAGCACCCGUGCGUCGGCCGUCAGCAAGGCCAUGUACGGUCGACCCGCCUCCAACCAGAGCACGCACGAUGUCCGGCCUGUGACAGCCUCCUCGUCGGUGGCGGCCAGUGCAAAAAUCAAGUCAGAACAAGCGUACUCGGCCCAUCCCUCCGACAACCAAAGCCGCCACGACAAGCGUCCUGGCACCGCCCAGACCCAGAAAAGUCGGGCGCCGAGUCAUGCAAGCAUCCCGUCGACCGGGCGUGGGGACCAUGCCGGUAUCCAUACGCUCAGUCGAACGAUGCGAGCGUUGGACGCCAACCGUGACGGUCGCUUGAGCCGCGACGAAUUGCAAUUUGGUCUCCGGGACUUUGGUGUCGACUGCUUGCCGGCGGAAAUCAAUGCCAUCAUGAGCGCGCUGGACCGUGACGGCGACGGGUCGAUUAGCUUUGAUGAGUUUCUCCUCGCACUGCGUGGUCCUAUCGCACCCGCGCGUCUUGCGAUGAUCAACCUCGCGUUCCGAAAGCUCGAUGUCAACGGUGAUGGCGUCGUUACCCUCGACGACGUCCGCGACCUCUACGACCCGUCCAAGCACCCGGCGUUCAUUAGCGGCGAGAAGGCGGCCGACGAUAUCCUUUGCGAGUUCAUGGCGCAGUGGGACACGGACGAGAAGGACGGUGUGAUCACACUCGCCGAGUUUGAGCACUACUACCAGAACGUGAGCGCGUCGAUCGACGACGAUGCGUACUUCGAGCUCAUGAUUCGGAAUGCGUGGCGCAUUUCCGGUGGCGUUGGCUGGUGCGCCAACUCGGCCAACAAGCGCGUGCUCCACGAAGACGCCGACGGCAACCAACGCGUCGUCGAAGCGACCGUGACGCCACGCCGCGCCCACGAAGAGAAGCAGGCCGACGCCUUUGCGACGCGACUUUCAGACCCGUUGGCGUACGUAAAGCACGCGCUUUUCGACCCGCCGUGCACCGUCGACGGCCUCGCCCACCGCCUUGGUGCCAACCGCGUCCUCGGCAGUGGGCAAGAGCGCGUGCAUCUAAAGGCCUUUGCCACGGCUUUGUGCAAGCGAGACAAGAUGCUCUCGUCCCGCGACGCCCUCGUGAUUGCCCGCGCCAUGGACGAUUCGGGGUCUCAAGUGAUCGACAUUCCGGCCCUGCACGCGCGGUUCACCUCUCGCUUUGGCGCACCGCCUCGUGCGACGGGCGUCCUUGCUGGCAACGUCCUCGAUCGACUCAAGGCCAAGAUCAUAGCACGCGGCGGCGCUGCUGGCAUCCACGCGGUGCAGCGAGUGAUGCGCAUCUGGGACGACGGCGGCGACGGCAAACUCACCAAGAACGAACUCAAAUCUGGCUUGGAAACCUACGGCAUUGAAAUUCAUUUGCACGACGUCGACCAGCUCAUGACGCUCCUCGAUACGGACCACAGCGGCUCUAUCAGCUUUGACGAACUCCUUACCGGACUUCGAGGCCAGCUCAACGACCGCCGCCGGGCGCUCGUGCAUCAAGCGUACAGCGUCCUCGACGUCGAUGGCGACGGACAAGUCACGAUCGACGACCUUCGCAAAGGCUUUGAUGUGACGCACCACCCCGAUGUGGUCGCCGGGCGCCUUACGCCACGCGAUGCUCUGGUGCAAUUUAUGCAGCACUGGGACCUCGAUGGCAACGGCACGGUCUCCUUGGCCGAGUUUGAGACGUACUAUCGCGGCAUUAGCGCGUCGAUCGACGGCGACGACUACUUUGAGCUCAUGAUGCGCAACGCGUGGCACCUCUCGGGGGGCACCGGCGCCUGCGCCAACUCGAGCAAUCGACGCGUGCUCGUCACGCACGCCGACGGCCACCAAACGAUUGAAGAGAUCAAAAAUGACAUCCGCGUGCGCAGUCGCCACGGCAUGCUCGACAACCUGGCGGCGCAGAACAUACACGCGACGUCAAUGACGACCAAGGGGUCGGGUCUGGAUUUGCGCGCCAAAAAGCCAUCCAAUCACGUGCCAACGCGGUCGGCGCGUGAAGACGCCCACGCCGCGACGUUGGCCGAGCGACACGCGGCGGCGACGCGAAUUCAGCGGCGCUUUCGCUGCUUCCGCGCGCAAAAGUUUGUGCGCGCCGUGCGACGAAAGAUGGCGGCCGCGCGGAUGCAAGCGCACACGACCGCCCGCGACGACGCCAAAGCCAAACCGGCGAUCCUGCGCCCCGCUUUGCGAACGUACCACGGCUUUUAGACGGUGUUGGAUGACAGACUGAAGUCGAUUGUACUCUCUCCGACGUAGUAUGUACACUAGUAUUCGUUGGGCCACACCAUCCACCCACCCUCAAGAGUCGGAUUGCGAGCCUGCUCCUGUCUUCUACUGCGA